GUCUGCAUUUUCCUUUCUUUUCAAUUAAGAAAAGAAAAAAAAUUGUAGGGUUUUUUAGUUUUUUGUAUUUUUUUUUUGAGUUUUCUUGGGUGCAGAUUGAACUGAAAUCAGGUGUCGCUAAAUAGAGGAGAAACGAAAUUGAUUAUUUUGCUGCAGCUAACAAUGCUUAAACUAUGGCUAUGGCUAGGAAUUUCCCUGCUUAUAUGCGGGUUAUUGUCCAAUUUCGUAGGUGCGUUUGUGGGGAUAAACAUUGGCACCGAUGUCUCUAACCUACCGUCAGCUAAGGAUGUGGUUGAACUUCUUAAAGCUCGUCAGAUAAAGCAUGUCCGUCUAUUUGAUGCUGAUGCUCAUAUGCUGAGUGCUCUAUCGAACACCGGGAUUGAAGUUAUUGUUGGCGUCACAAAUAACGAGGUCUUAGGUAUUGGCCAAUCCUCUUCUCAGGCGGCAGCGUGGGUAAACAAGAAUGUGGCAGCUUAUCUACCAUCGACUAACAUUACAGCUAUUGCGGUGGGAAGUGAAGUCCUUACUUCGAUUCCGAAUGCUGCACCCGUUCUAGUCCCUGCUAUGAAUUACCUACAUAAAGCCUUAGUUUCCGCAAACCUGAAUAGUCAAGUCAAAGUCUCGACACCUCAAUCGACCGACCUAAUUGCUAAGAUCUUCCCCCCAUCCACAGCCACUUUCAACUUCUCGUCGAACUCCACUGUUUUCCAGAUCCUUCAGUUUCUGCAGAACACGAAUUCGUACUACAUGCUAAAUGCUUAUCCGUAUUAUGAAUAUGUUAAAUCUGAUGGCAUCUUCCCGAAAGAGUAUGCUCUUUUCCAGAAACUUCCCCCAGUAAAGCAAAUCGUCGAUCCUAACACCCUUUUUCACUAUGAGAGCAUGCUCGAUGCCUUGGUGGAUGCUACGUAUAAUGCUAUUGCAGCUUUCAAUUUCUCGAAUAUCCCCGUUGUUGUGACAGAAACCGGUUGGCCUUGGUUUGGCAGCACGAGUGAGCCCGAUGCUACUGUAGAAAACGCGGGGGCUUACAACAAUAACUUGAUCCGCCGUGUUUCGAAUGAUACCGGUCCCCCGAGUGAGCUGAAAAUGCCCAUCCAUGCUUAUAUUUACGAGUUGUUUAACGAAGACAAAAGGCCCGGGCCAGUCUCGGAAAGAAGCUGGGGAAUCUUUUUCCCUAAUGGCAGUGCGGUUUAUCCUAUUAAUUUGGGCGGUUCAAGUGCAGGCCAAAUUGCUAAUAAUUCUUCAGCCGGGGUUUUCUGUAUAGCUCAGCCAGGCGCGAGUGAAAAUAAGUUGCAAAAGGGAAUCGACUGGGCAUGUGGGCCCCAGGGAAAUGCUAACUGCUCGGCAAUUCAACCGGGACAGCCUUGCUAUUCCCCCGAUACUCUGCAAAAUCACGCUUCUUAUGCCUACAAUGACUAUUAUCAGAGAGUGCAAAGCGUCGGUGGAACUUGUGACUUUGAUGGUACAGCAACGACAACUACAGUGGACCCCAGUUACGGGUCAUGCAUAUUCACGGGAAGUUCAAAUUCAAGCAUUGGCGGUGUGCCCACACCGGCUUUCGGACCGACAGCCCCAGUAGGUAAAGGCUCAAUGGCUCGAGCGCCUGAUAUUGGGCGCGUUUUAGCAGUGCUGUUAGCUCUCGUGUUCCUUGAAGCGAAGGGUAAUGUGCUUUUGUAGUGUCGUGAUCUUGGUUUCGGGAAUGCUUUGUAAGUUGUAAGGCAUGGGAAAUAUAGUUAGGAGUUGAAGCAGCUUUUAGCUUUGUUGAAAAUACACCAUUUUUGGGGUUCAUAUUCUCCAUUUUGUUAUCAUGCUAGUGAAAAGCUUAAAGCCUUUGCAUUCUUGGUAAAGAACAUUUUCCCAGCUGACUGUUCA